AUGAAAGCAAAAGUGGCUGGAAGAAAAACAAAUGUAAUGAUUGACACAGACACAGUGAGAAACGCCGUAUCAAAAAGCUUCCUAGACGAAAUUGGAUUGGAAAUUGAUGAACCGCCUGAUAGAACUCUGAUUGGAAUAAACUCUGAAGCCUACUCAGUGAUUCUAGGAAAUGAAUAG